AUGGCCAAAAGCAAGCUUAGUACCGUGCAGCUCCAACUGAUAACUAUCUCGAUGGCGCUCGCCGCCGCCGCCGCCACCACCACCACGCACCUCCGGUUCUACAUGCACGACAUCGUGACAGCAACAGCAGAGAGCCCGGCCACGGGGGUGCGUGUGGCGAGGGGCACAACGCCGCUGCCGGGAGACCCCGGCACCCCUGCCCGCUUCGGCGACAUGCACGUGAUCGACGACCCACUGACGGAGGGUCCCGAUGCGGCGUCGCCGGCAGUGGGGCGCGCGCAGGGGUUCUACCCCUUCGCGGAUCAGCAGCAGCUGGCGGUGAUAUUCUCCCUCAACAUAGUGUUCACGGCGGGGAAGCACAACGGCAGCUACCUCGUCGUCAAUGGAAAGGACGCCUUCUUUGACGAGGUCAGGGAGCUGGCGGUCAUUGGCGGAGCCGGCAGGUUCCGUGGAGCCACCGGUUACGCUCUGCUCAGGACGCACUACUUCAACUCCACCACCAAGAACGCCGUGGUCAAGAUCGACAUGUACCUGCGCGUGUAG